CAGAAAGGGGAAAUUGUCCUGGGAUUAGGUAAAAGAAGGAUAUGGCUAACAUUGAAGCUGGUGUCAAGCCAGCCAUUGAUCAUGAGACUGCAACAUUGAUCCCAAACAGUGGAAGCUUAGAAGGUUCAAGCAGGGUCACAAAGGCCACCAGGUUAAGAGACGACAAUGAGGUCAUCGAGAUCAUGUUUGAUGUGCAACAUGAUGCAGCGCCGGUCCAAGGCGUCAGGACAGUGGCCGCAGAAGCUGUGGUGGCCGCCGUGAUGAAGAGAUACGACAGAAGCAAGAGCAUCGCUGCGGUGGCGCUCAAGGGCUUGCAGUUUGUGAGGGAGAAAGUAGGCUCUGGCGGCUGGGCUGUUGUGGAGAAGCGCUUCAACCACCUGCAGGUUGAUGACGUCCUGCUCCGUUCCAGAUUCGGGAAAUGCAUUGUUCUUGCUGCAUAUCAGGCGGAAGGGCGGCACCAUCAGCCUGAUUGUCCUUCUUUCUCGUGCGGUCUUCUUGGAAACAUAUCGUCUCCGUUUCGUCGGGCAAGUGAUCCACCUGGCUGCGGCUAUCAAUCUUAUGAGCUGGUUUGCAGUGAUACCAAGGCUAUGAUUCACAUCGGCGAUGCGACAUACUAUGUGUCUGACAUCAACUUAAGUGGUUCUUCCUUCUGGGUCAUCGAUGCCAACAUGGAUUUAUACAACAACUGCCCUCUACCUCGAUGGAAUCGGCCUCCCUCUAGAUACCAUGACGACAUGGAAGUCGAAUUGGAACCCCGUUCAAGUAGUCAGGCUUGCUUUCUUAAAUGCUCUCGGGAAGUAAAGGACAAUGCUAUGUACAUGCCUGUUGCUUGCCUUAGCACCAAUGAUACUUAUGUUUAUGUGUUAACUGGUUAUCGAUCUAAUUCAAUGGAGUAUCUCGAGCCUUCUUGUGGGUACUUGUCCAUGAUUCCUCGGCCUUGGGACAGUCUCGGGAUAGAAAAUGCAAGUUAUACAGAUGUUGUGAAAUCCAUGAGGACUGGAUUUGCUGUUAUGUUUCCUUUCAGAUAUUCUACGGUGAGCGUCAUGGAAUGCCUAGACAUGUUACGCCCCGUGUCGAGUGAGGGCAUCAAGCCGCUUAUUAUAUACAGUCUUCUGGUUGAUGGGUUUUUCUGGCAUUGUGUAUUUUAUACUGCUGGAUAUCAAGGACAGGGUGUUGCCGGUUCCAUCAUAAUCGUCUUCUGGAUUGUGAAGUGGCUAGCUGUGCUAUGCAGGUUCAUAUUUGCACCACUGGCUAUGUUGAUUUUCCUAGCCUACAAGUAUUGGAAAACAAGAAUAACAAUCGAUGCGGUCGAGAAGUUCCUACGAAUGCAGCAAAUGGUCGGUCCGACGAGGUACGCCUACACCGACAUCACCGCAGUCACAAGCCAUUUCAGAGAUAAGCUGGGCCAGGGAGGCUACGGCUCUGUGUUUAAGGGUGUGCUGUUGCCAGGCAAUGUUCAUGUCGCAGUCAAGAUGCUAGACGGUAACUCCAACUGUAAUGGAGAAGAUUUUAUCAGUGAAGUUUCUACCAUUGGCAGGAUCCACCAUGUUAAUGUGGUGCGUUUACUGGGGUUUUGCCCGGAGGAAAUGAGACAAGCGCUUGUCUACGAGUACAUGCCUCGAGGUUCUCUCGACAAGUACAUCUUCUCAACUGAGAGGAGUUUUUCUUGGGAUGAGCUCACUGAGAUUGCUUUGGGCAUUGCCAGGGGCAUCGACUACCUGCAUCAGGGCUGUGAGAUGCAGAUUCUCCACUUUGACAUCAAGCCCCACAACAUCCUUCUUGACAACAAUUUUGUCCCCAAAGUUGCUGAUUUUGGUCUCGCCAAACUUUACCCAAGGGACAACAGUUUUGUUCCAUCGAGAGCCCUACGGGGAACAAUUGGGUACAUAGCUCCUGAGAUGAUAUCUCGUAGCUUCGGCAUCGUAUCGAGCAAGUCUGAUGUUUACAGCUUUGGGAUGCUGCUGCUGGAGAUGGCUGGAGGAAGAAGGAAUGCUGAUCCAAAUGCGGCAAGCUCGAGCCAAGUGUACUACCCGUCGUGGGUUUAUGACCGGUUAACUGAACCAGAAGUGGAAGAGAUAUCUCCUGCUGCUGAGAUACAUGAGCUGGAGAGGAAGUUGUGCACUGUUGGACUAUGGUGCAUUCAGAUGAGGCCUCAAGAUCGACCCAUGAUGAGCGAGGUUAUAGAGAUGCUGGAAGGCAGUGUUGAUGGCUUGCAGAUGCCUUCGAGGCCAUUCUUAUGUGACGAAGGGCAUAUCCAUGCCGCCGAUACUUACCAUUUGUCGUCGGAGCUGACUGAAAUCUCCAAGGAGGAUACGAGUGUAAAUAUUGAUGUGUGAUGUAAUAUUGUAAUGUAUGAUGAAGUAAUGCGCUUAGCUCACGAGGAAACGAGAUUAUGGUUGUGGUUGUAUCAAGUACGUAUGAAAUAAUCUGCUGUGUUUCGUGAGUGUUGUGUAUUCCUACUAGUAUGUAUAUGAUAUUUUGCUUGAGCGGCUGCUGAUGAGACCUGUA